AUGAAUAAAAAUAGCAAUAACAAUAACAAUAGCAAUAGUAAUAGUGAAGUUGGAUCUCGAGAUCCUAUGAUUAUUGAUAAUGUUAUAGAUGACAUCACAAUGGAAGAUAACAAUAAUGAUGGAAUGAUUAUGAAUAAAAACAUUGAUGUCACCGGUUUAGCACAAUGUGUCAUUCAAAAAACACCUGCAAUAAACAUAAAAAGUCAAUAUAACAACAACGAACAGUUUCAUUUUAAAUUAAUUGAUUAUAGAAAUACUUACUCUUUAACAUUUAAAUGUUCGAAGUUAGUUGAUGCCUACGGUACCUAUAAAGGUCUAUCAAGAGAAAUUGUCAUGAGUUUGGUACCUAUAAAUUUCUUUAUAUCAGCUCGGUUCAUCGACUCUGAUGAAAUUUGGAUAGACUCUAGAGUAUUCAAAUAUUAUUCACCCGCACAUUAUAUUGUUGAAAUACAUCUGAAACACGAGUUGGGAUUGAAUGUUUCAGUGGUUGAAAUCAUUUUUAAUUAA